UGUUGACAAAAAGCAAACGCAAGUUUGACCGGUGCGAAUCGUUGCUAGAAAACGAAUCAGCUCGCUACCAAUUAACUCAACCUAGUUUCGUCAGCCAAUUUCGUUCGAGAUUUUCCGUGUCUCUUUGUCAAGUCUUUCUUGAGAUUAAGAAAGCAUGUCUCUGCCAUUGCUAUUCUCCAACUGGUGGGAGGACCUGGAAUAUCCACACCAGCUUUUCGACCAAAAUUUUGGCCUGGGCAUUCAUCCGGACCAAUUGACACACCCCAACAUCCUCGAGCGCUUCGCACUGCAACAACGAUCCCGUCUUGGUCUACGUCCAGGGCAAAUGGUGUAUUAUAAUCGACCAUGGGGCGAACUAUUACGCAGCAGAGAAGAAGGUGGCAUAUCGACCGUCAAGGCGAACAAGGACAAGUUCCAAGUGAUGCUGGACGUGCAACAGUUUAAGCCGGAAGAUAUCAAUAUCAAGGUCGUGGAUAAAUUCGUGAUAGUCGAGGCCAAACACGAGGAGAAGCAGGACGAGCACGGUUGGAUCUCACGGCAAUUUGUGCGCAAAUACAUGAUACCUGAACAGUGCGAUAUCGAUCAGGUGUCGUCGAGCUUGUCAUCAGAUGGCAUGCUGAGCAUUACCGCACCUAGGAAGGAUAAGCCGAAGUCGCAAAACGAACGGAAGAUCAAGAUCGAGUAUACUGGCAAGUCGGCGAUCCAGGAAAAAGCUCAGGAGAAGGCUCAGGAGACGACUCAGAAGAAGGUUCAUGAGAAGAAGUAAAAGUAGAGUCAAAGA